UGAAGUCGGGUUACCCACCUCUGCUUUAAACCCUAUGUCCCAUGUACACCGAAGCCCUAGUGACAACGUUAUGACUAGGAACCAUUUGUUAGAUGUAGUUGUUUCCGCGGGCCGAGCUUCGUACUGCACCUGCGACCAGUUUAGGUUUCUAUAAGUAUUUCUAGUCUAUAAAGUGUAUACCAGCUGGUAAAUAAUGACAUUAGUGUUUAAAAGGAAAUAAGUUGUUCCAUGCGCUUUUGAAUCGCGCUGUGAUGAUAACCACUCCGUUUUCUAUGAAAUCUCACAGUUUUAAAUGCUUCACACCCGAGGCCUAGCUGGGUAUACAAGACUGCGGUACAGGAGGCCAUGAGUGACAGGAGACAGCGGGCCAGGGUGCAGGGCUCUUGGGCACCAUCGCGCCCCAAACCGGCACCUCGACCAGCGGGUGGCGCAGAAGGCUUUGUGAGAAGUGCUGCAGCACCAUCGGCCCACUCCAGUUCGUGGGGAGAUGGAGGUCAGGCGUUUGAGUUUCAUCAGCCAGCCAAGCCGCUGCGGGACGUCCCUGCUGAGAAGGUUAUCGAAAAGGCAGGUGAAUAUGAGAUUAGCCACGGCCCCUCGGGUGUCUCCAGGCUGCGGCUGCUCCCUGGGUUUCUGGCUCAGACAGAGGCAGACUGGCUGUUCAGUAGACUCCUGGCUGAGCUGCCGUGGGCUCAGAAGACCAACUUCAAACACGGUCAGGCCUAUGAGGAACCCAGACUCACCUGCUGGUAUGGAGAGCUGCCCUACACCUACUCUAACUCUACACUGCAACCAAACUCACAGUGGCCUGCGGUUUUGGCCGAUCUGAAGGCCAUGGUGGAGCAGGUGAGCGGGAGCUGCUUUAACUCGCUCCUGUGCAACCUGUACCGCGACGGGAAGGACAGCAUCGCCUGGCACAGCGACAGCGAGCUCUCCCUGGGGCCCCACCCCGCCAUCGCCUCCCUCAGCCUGGGGGACACCCGCUGCUUCAGCAUGCGCAAGCAGCCCCGCCCGGAGGAGAGCGGGGAUUACACGCAUGUGGAGAAGCUGAAGAUUCCGCUGAGUCACGGGACUCUGCUGCUGAUGGAGGGAGCGACACAGGAAGACUGGCAGCACCAGGUGGCGAAGGAGUAUCACGACCGUGGGCCACGCGUCAACCUGACGUUCCGCACCGUCUACCCAGAACCAGAACCAGAACCAGAACCGGGCCGGAACCUGGCCCGCGGGCCCCGCAGCUAGGAGGGAGGAGGAAGAGGAGGAAGAGGAACGCCGUAGCAUGAUUUACACAUUUUCUACACGAGGGACUGUUAAAAAACAGAUAUCUCAGUGGAGGAAGCGGAACAGGAAAGAUGGAGGAGGAAACUGCAGUGCCCUCUGCUGGGGCGGAGGGCGCCAGUGACAUUUAAGCACAGAAAUGUAGGAAUGGAUCCAGAACCACGGAAGAUCCUGUCAGGUGUAGAACACUGGGGAGGUAUGAAGGUUCUGUAACCCUGGCGAGACAAUACGCACAAUGUCCUCCGUACUGGCGCCCCCCCCCCCCGUCGUCUUUGCCCUGGAGAGGCUGUUGUGUUCGGGGAGUCUCAUGCCUGGAAGAGCGGACUCUGACGCCUGAAUUGCGUGCAUUCCUGAGCUUUUCUGUUCCUUUCCCGUUUGGAGACUGACGUGGGGCUUUGCACGACGUCUUUGUUUAUGUGAUGCUGUCUACACCCCCCCCGCCCCCCCCCGCCCCCAGCUGAGGAGGAGGCAGACUGGCGAGCAGACUGCCGUCACUUGUGUGCGUCUGUUUUUAACGUCAGGAGGGAAAGCGCCUGAGUGUGCGUUUGUCAGAAAUACGUUUUUCACAGACACACAAGUUUAUCUCUAAUUAAAUAAAUAAAAAUGUUCUCACUUUAUCAGUAAAGUUCUGUUUGCUCGUUAUGUAAAUAUUAGUGCUGUUCCUAAAAUGUCUUGUCAUCUGUCACAGAUGUUUUUGCAAUGUUGGGUGACAGAUUAGUGAAAAUAAAGUGAACCCCAAAUGGGAUGCUUGUCCUGGGCUCAUUUGAUUGAGAUUUUUGGAAGCAGAUGUUGCUGUGUAAAUAAGUCAGUCUGGAAGAGGGAGUUUAACAGGUUGUCCAGAUUGUGCCAGUUUGAAGCAUUACUUCACUGUGACAAAGGCAAAUUAUUCUUCUCUUUUUUUGUUCUCUCCUGUUUGUCCUCUUGGUUGCUGCCAGAGAGACAGAUAUGUGGCAAGGGCAAUCAGGAUGCCAAUUAACUCUUCACCUUAUUCUGUCAAUAAAACCUGUUUGUAAAAUGGA